UUUGCGCUAAUAUCGUUGUCGUGUAGACCGGACAUCAGACCAGUUAUAGAAUAGACACGUCCCAUUGUAUAUUCAUAUUCAUACUGAAAGUCGAUGAAGCCACCAUCUACUGCCAAAUCCACCCAUCUUGACAUCACGCAUCCUAUAGACUAGAAAUAUAAAACUUUUUUGAGUUUGUUGUUUAAGUGUUUGUGGUGUUUAAUUAACUUACAUUGUUGUUAAACAUAGCUUGUCCUCCAUAGCAGAUUGUUAUUUAUUUAUGUAAUUAUUAUUUAUAAAAAUGGUAAUCUCCUGUGCAGCAUAUAAUUGCACUGAAAUUUUUAGGAAAAAAAGUGGAACAUCUUCUCAUGCGUAAGUUGAAAUUUAUACACAUAAAUAUUGUACCUAAGUUGUAACUGUAAUAUUAUCCUUGGUUACGAUGUAAGUGAACUCAUUGCAGCAUGACAAUAAAUUAGUUUUGUAGGCUGCCGUACCUUAUAAUUUCCAAAACACAUUAUAACUUUGAAGCCGAUAUCACAUAACACAUUAUAACUUAUAUCGUUUUUGCCUGUUGCUAGAAAUAACCUAAAACACCAUGAAUCUGAAAUAUACACAAUCUAAAAGUUUUCCAUAUGAUGCGUGACGUCAAGAUGGGUGGAUUUGGCAGUAGAUGUUGGCUUCAGAGGCUAGACCUCCCAGCGUGUCUAUCCUAUAACUGGUCUAAGGAUGAAGUCGUGAUAUUGGGGCAUCAUCUAGUAGACACUCGACUCAUAAGAAAAAGAAAAGGAGCUCCAGGAAAGAAAGCGAUUCAGACGACAGUAGUUCCGAUGAUAGAAGAACAAGGAAGCCAGACAAGUCAACUAGCAGAAGUAAAAAAUCUAAACAUAGAAGACGAGAAAGAUCAUCCUCAAAAGAUAGUCACAAGAAGAAGCAGAAGCAUACCAAAAAAAAGACGUUCUUCCACUGAAGAUUCUGACUGUUCCACGUCUUCUGAUGACUCAAUAAAGCUGCUACAGAAGUUGAAAGAGGAACGUGAACGAGCAAUGAAGGAGCGAAAGUUGCAAAAGGAGUUGAUGAAAGCCAAUGAAACGCCGGAAGAAAAACGACUGAGGCGUCUAAUGAAGAAGGAGCAGAAAGAGCGGAAGAGGAAGGAGCGAAUGGGAUGGGACAAUGACUACCUGCAUUACACCAACACUGACAAUCCGUUCGGAGACGGCAAUCUGUUGGCCACCUUCGUCUGGUCCAAAAAGCUCGACAAAGAGGGACUGUCUGGUGUUAGCAGGGAGGAACUCGAAGUCAGGAAUCGCCAGAAACAGGAGGAGAAUAGGAGAGAACUUGAAAAGGUGAAAAAGCGUCGCCUGGAACGAGAACUGGAGCGGCAGCAGCGCGAGGAGGAGAUGGCGAUGAUGCAGAGGAGCAAGGAGGCGGCGCAGUUCCAGGAGUGGGAGCGCCAGGAGGACCAGUUCCACCUCGAACAGGCCAGGCUUAGAUCCUGCAUUAGGAUUCAGGAUGGAAGAGCAAAGCCUAUUGAUCUGCUGGCGAAAUAUAUAAGUGCUGAGGAAGAAGUGGAUGCUGUGGAAAUGCAUGAACCCUACACCUAUUUGAAUGGACUGCACAUCAAAGACCUGGAAGAUUUAAUUGAGGAUAUUAAGGUAUAUAUGGAACUUGAAAAAGGUAAAAACUUGGACUACUGGAACGAUAUUACUGUCAUCGUCGAAGAUGAACUCCAUAAACUCAGGAAACAAGAAAAGCAGUCUGACUACGAAGCAGCGGUGGGUAGAAGAGAAGGCAUACACGAAUGUGUUGCCCAAGAAGUGUCAUCAGUAUUCAAGGGCAAGACAGCAGCUCACCUACAAGCCCUGCAGGCUCAGAUCGAGAAGAAAAUCACAAAUCAAACGCAGGGCGUCGACAUUGGAUAUUGGGAAUCUCUUCUCUCUCAAUUAAAAGCUCAUAUGGCUCGUGCUAGACUACGGGACAGACACCAGGACAACUUGCGAAGGAAACUUGAGGUGCUCAAGGCUGAACAGGGAGUGGAAGAGGUGAAGCAAGAGGUGUGCUCCUCGUCGAGUGAUGAGGCUGAGUCAUCCCGAGGCUCGGAUCGUGCCACGAAAGACGAUGAUAUCGAAGCAUCCAUGCAGGUCAAGCAAGAGGCUGACGAAGAUGAUGAGCAAGGAGGAGGAUCGGAGAUUGAGGACGAGGAGCAAGCGGCGUGUACGAUGCUGAACGAGAGUUUUGCCGAGUACAGCUCGGGGGCAUACAGCCCCACCUACCUGGCCCAGUGGCAGCUCGAGCCAGGUACCAUCCUAACCACGCCCGAGGACGACGACAAGCGGCUGGACUUUGCUCGCCGCCUCCAGGUGGGUGGUAGAGGCGGUGCUGGGGGCAGCGGAGGUGCGGGGGCGGAGGAGAGCAGCGGUGGGGAGGCGGCACUGCAACGGGAGGCGCGCAAAGGCAUGACCGCCGAUGAGGCUGAGUUCUCGGUCGAGUCGGCGCUCGACAGUCACGUCUACCUCUGGUCCGACAAGUAUCGGCCCAGGAAACCGCGCUACUUCAACAGAGUGCAUACUGGAUUUGAAUGGAACAAAUACAAUCAAACCCAUUAUGACAUGGACAAUCCUCCACCCAAGAUCGUGCAAGGAUAUAAAUUCAAUAUAUUCUAUCCUGAUCUUAUCGACAAGAAUGCUACACCUGAGUAUUUCUUGACUGCAUGUCCAGACAACCAUGACUUUGCGAUACUGAGAUUCCAUGCGGGACCACCCUACGAGGACAUUGCAUUUAAAAUUGUCAACAGGGAGUGGGAGUAUUCUUACAAAAGAGGCUUCAGAUGUCAAUUCCACAACAACAUAUUCCAGCUUUGGUUUCAUUUCAAACGUUACAGAUAUCGUCGUUAAGAAAAUAGUUCAUUUCUUAAUUUUAUCGAUUUAAAAUUGUCGAAUUUAUUGAUUGAAAAUUAUUGUAAAUAAACUAGGUUUUAAUAUUUUUUAUCUAGUGA